AAUAUAGGACUGCGAAGCCAGCCCACGAGCAUUUAGUAGUGAUUCGCGUGCGUAGAAUCAACUACAAGGCGUUGUGAUAUAGCGUGAAAGUCUGUGAUUGUGCCAUUUCGGAUUUCAGAAUGAACGGUGCUAAUCUUGGAUACAACAUGUCGAUCGUGGAUUCGUACAAUCGGUUUAUGGAGAGGAAUAGCGAUCCUCGAACGGAAAACUGGUGGAUGAUGUCAGGUCCUGGACCGUUAAUUACGGUACUGGCAUCAUACCUAUACUUCUGCACAUCUAUGGGCCCUCGGUAUAUGCGAGAUCGGAAACCUUACUCCUUGAAGAACACUAUCAUAUUGUAUAAUGUAUCACAGAUUCUGAUUAGCAUAUACUUAGUAUACGAAGGUCUAGUAGCUGGUUGGUGGAAUGAUUAUAACUUUUCCUGCCAGCCUGUGGACUACUCGGAUAGCCCGAAAGCUAAAAGGAUGGCAGCAGCUGUAUGGUGGUACUUCUUUGCGAAAAUUGUGGAGCUCUUGGACACAGUGUUCUUUGUUCUGAGGAAAAAGAACAGACAAAUAUCCUUCCUCCAUCUCUACCAUCACACCAUGAUGCCUAUUUGUGCUUGGAUUGGAGUCAAAUUCUUGCCAGGUGGCCACGGAACUCUUCUCGGAGUAAUUAACUCAUUUAUUCACAUCAUCAUGUACACCUAUUACCUGAUCUCUGGACUUGGCCCGCAAUACCAGAAAUUACUUUGGUGGAAGAGUCAUGUCACUACGCUUCAAUUGAUCCAAUUCUGCAUCAUAUUCUACCAUAACUUUACUGUCAUGUUUUGUGACUGCAACUACCCAAAGUUUAUCAACUUCCUACUGUCUCUCAACUCUGGAGCGUUCUUAUAUAUGUUUGGUAACUUUUAUUACAAAAAUUACAUUGUUGACAAGAGGAGACCAGCCGUAUCUACCAGCACGGUGUACAAAGAGGGAAAAGAAUGUUAGCCUUACGAUACUCAAUUAGUAUUAGAACUCGUUUUAUUGUGAUUUAGCUUUACGUAAUGCUUCGUUGUAAAACUCUUUGAACGAAAAAAAAAAAAUUGCGCUGACUUUUAAAUGUUUCGUUCUGCUGUUCAAAUUUUGAAAAUGGAAUGUUCAGUAUUUGAAUUCAUUAACUUACAAGUUUUUAAAAUAUUAAAACAGUAAUUUGAAUCUACUGAUUAUUAAUAGUAUUUAAAGAAUAUUGUUAUCAAAGUAUUAAAACGAAGCAUGUAAGAUUUUUUAUAAGGAUAGCUUAAGGGUGUGUAGAUAUAAUAAUCAAUUGUUCGUUUACGGGCUACGAUUAGACUUUUAAAAUAUUAUGUAAUGUGCCUUUAAAUCCUUGAUGUUUAUUUGGUGGAUUAAAUAAAUGAUUGUCGUGAUUUAGUUGCGCGUGCGUCAUCGACAUAUUUCGUGGAAUAUGAAUUUAUUAUAUAAAAGUAUUUCUGGACAAAACAGUUCUCUGCUUUUUAUGAUUGAACAUAGCUAGUAUGAGUCUGUACGUCCAUAAUUCGAAAACUUGGGUUCAAUGAAGUUUGGACUGCAAUAUUUUUACUUAAUUUUCUUUCCAAAUAUUAAAUUAUUUGAAGUAAAGUGGUAAAUACAUGUCUUGUACAUUUUUAUCUAAAUAUAAAUGCGUGAAAAUUUAUUGGCAAGAUGUAAGAGUCGUUCAUUGAAACAAAUAACAUUUAGUAUAAUAAAGUUCACAGAUAAAUAGAGCAGGGCCGUACCGGCUCUGUUUAACUGUAACUUCCAAGAUCGAUUCCAAACAUGAUCCCAUUUUUGUAUGGUAUUCUGCUACACAUAAUGGCGGGAAAGUUUGUCUAAAAAGGUAGAAUUUUACAUAGAAGUUACAAUUACAUUAUGAGUGUAAUGAUCAUUGUCAAAUCUUAUAUUAACUAUAUCGAAUUUGAAUAUUAAAACGCUGGCACAAUUAGAGAUUAAAUGUAAGGACGCUGAUCCGAGAACAUCCUUUAUAUUGAACUAAACUGUGAAUAUCAUAAUGAUUGACUCUGCGUACGUAGAUAGCUUUGAAAUGUGGUGUAAAGUAAGGCGUAAGAAAGUGUUUCUGUUUCGAAAAUCACUUGACCUUCAGACUGAAGAAGCGCUCAUAAAAUUUAGUUCCAAAAAAUAAAGUCGACAAAUAUUUUUCUUAAUACAAAGGAUGCAAAUAGAUAAAUUUGCACUUGUAUUAAAAAUUCACCGAUAAUCGAUCAAUAAUUGUAACUGAUAAAGCCUAUUCAAUAAGUCUGCCAUAUAUAUAUUAUAAUCUUAUACAAUACAGACAAUAAUAUUUUAUAUAACAUGUUCUUGGGUGAACCAUGCUUAAUGAUUAUAACAUUCACUUUAUUACUAUAACCAAAAAUAAUGUUCAUUAAUAAACGCUAUUAUUGAUAUGUAAUACUGAAGAAUUGCCUGCUGAAUUGAUACUGCAGGCUCUAAUCUCGGGGCAUUACUUCCAGGAUUUACGUUCCUAGCUGGGUAAUAUUUGAAAAUCAUCUGGCUGUCUUAUAUUUAUAGACACUUCCGAAAUUUAUGUUUCAAAGCAUGAAGCCCGAUCUUUUUGUUUAAAACAUUAUAUCAAUUUUAACACAAAUAUCUGUAGAUGAUCAAUUUGACACAUACAAUUAUUUAAAUACAAUGUGUUUAACAUCUACGUUAGACGAGUUUCUUUGAAGAUUUUAUUUGUCUGAAAUUUUUCUUAGAUGUGACGAAAUAUUGCAUUUUUAUGUAUGUUUGUGUUGUAAUAAGUGUUUAUAAGUGAAUGCGUUUGUUUAAGUGGUAUUUUAUGGCAUUUAAAGUUAAGUUGGGCAAUAUUUUUAAGUGGAGGUAAUAGUCAGUACAUUUAUAAAUAUACAUAAGUAAAAAUAUAUUUUUAUCGAAUGUAAUCGGGAAUUACUCAAUGAAAAUUACAAUACAAUUUUAGAGUGAUAAAUAUCGUGGGUUAAUUUUAGACAUGGUAUUCUGUCAUUGUCAAUUAUUUUAACCGGCAAAAGUGUAUUUUACAAUAUUACACAUGAACAUUUUACAACUAAGAUCAUAUGAAUAAAUAAUAUUUGGUUUA